AUGCCUUAUUGUACUUCAACGUUUUAUAUUUCUCAAACAUCAACCGUAUCAUCUCCACUUACUUUGAUAAUAUUGAUAGCAAUGACAGUAUUUAUGCCGUUCAUUAUUUGUCGUCUAUUAAAAUUAUCUGGAAGUUAUAAUGGUGUAGCACCUCUGUGGAUUGAAUUCGGGCUAAGAGGUGGAUUAAUAUUAUCUGCCGCUUAUUGGAUAAUGGAUAACUUGGAUAGUAAUUCUACUUCUUCUGUAGUUACUGAUAGAGAUGAAACGAAACUUAACACAACGAAUAUACUGUUCAACCAAGGUUGGAAAUGGGUCAAAAAUUUUAUAGUUAGACUCGCUUUUGGACUAUCUACAAUAGUUGGAACCGUAGCGUGGUCAACAAAUCCAUUAUGUUUAGAUUUGAAAAUGAUCGAUAUUGAAACGGACGAUAUGUUAAAAGAAAACUCCAACAAAUUAGAUAAAAAUACGAAUGUGAAAUUAAAAAAUCCAGAUCGUCAAGCAUCAUCGUCAUCAAAACAAUCAGUGAACUCCCAAAAUGAUAAAAAAUCAUCAGAACAACAAACUAAACGAUCAGAAAAAGCAAUUGAAAUAUUGGGGUACAGAAAUGCGUUUGGCGCUUCGUAUUUUGUAUUCUUGACAAUAAUCUAUCUUCUUUUGUUUAUAACACAAAAACCAAUGGGUGGUAUAAUGUUAUCAAUUGCUUUAUGUCAAUUAAUGUGCUUAUUAGAAAUUAUAGACACUAAACGAGAUGCUUAUGAAUUGAACAUUGAGAAUAAAUUUUCAUCAAAGGAGGAUGAAAAAGACGUGUCGAAUGUAUCUUCCCCAUAUAGCUCAUCUAAUCUACAACACAAACCUACAAAAUUCCUUGAUGUAGCAAUUCUUUCACUAUUAUCAUCACUAUACUUCUUUUCAACAGGCCAUCAAGCAACCUUAUCUUCAAUUCAAUGGUCCGUCGGAUUCAUUGGCAUAGAAGAAUUAAGUUAUAUUAUUUCUCCAUUAUUAGUCACAUUAAACACCCUUUCUUCUCAAAUUCUUUUUUCACUUGCAAUUCCAUUAUUAGCUUUUUGGAAUAUUACACCUAAAUCAGGUUACCCUUUAUUUCAAGAACUUACUAGAUCAAUAUUAAUGUAUAUAUUUUACAACGGUGUAGUGGCAACUAGUAGUGUAUUUUGGGCGGCUUUUUUUAAAAGACAUUUAAUGGUUUGGAAAAUAUUUGUGCCUAGAUUUAUGUUAGGAGGAAUUAGUUUACUUACUGCUGAUUUGGUUAUCUGUGGACUUUCGAUUGGAUUUGGUUGUUGGAAAAUUAUGAAUGAGAUUUCUAAAUAUUUUGAAAUUAUUUAUAAAUAG